UGAUUUGUCCCAAACUCGUUUACAACGAAGCCUUGGGGGGUUGGGGCCCCCUCAGGGGAUUUUGGGGACCCCCUCCCGGUUUUGGGGACCCCCAUUUGGGGACAAAGGGGGGGGGGGCUUCCAUCUGGGGGGGUUAAAACAGGGGAGUCACUGCCCUGGGACACCCCAAAACCCCAAAAGGAGGGGUCACAGCCCUGGGGACCCCAAACACCACCCAGGGACACCCCAAAACCCCAAAAAUGGGGGGUCACAGCUCUGCGAACCCCAAAACCCCUAAAACAGGGGGUGACAGCCCUGGGAGAACCCCAAAAGUGGGGCCACGACCAGGGACACCCCAAAACCCCAAACACGGGGGUCCCGAACCCCCUCGGGUUCAGGUGCACUUCAGGUAUCUCCAGGUUUGGGGGUUCAGGCUUUAUGGGGUGUUUGAUAGGAUUUUGGGGUGCAGCUGUGCAUUUUGGGGUGCAGCUGCGCAUUUUGGGGUCCAGGUGCACAUUUUGGGGUCCAGCUGUGCAGUUUUGGGGUCCAGCUGUGCAUUUUGGGGUCCAGCUGUGCAGUUUUGGGGUCCAGGUGCACAUUUGGGGUCCAGCUGCGUAUUUUGGGGUCCAGGUGCGCAUUUUGGGGUCCAGCUGUGCAGUUUUGGGGUUCAGGUGCGCAGUUUUGGGGUCCAGCUGUGCAUUUUGGGGUCCAGCUGUGCAGUUUUGGGGUCCAGCUGUGCAUUUUGGGGUGCAGCUGUGCAGUUUUGGUGUCCAGGCGCACAUUUCGGGGUCCAGCUGUGCAGUUUUGGGGUCCAGGUGUGCAUUUUGGGGUUCAGGUGUGCAUUUCAGGGUCCAGCUGUGCAGUUUUGGGGUCCAGGUGCGCAUUUCAGGGUCCAGCUGUGCAGUUUUGGGGUCCAGGUGCACAUUUGGGGUCCAGCUGCGUAUUUUGGGGUCCAGGUGCGCAUUUUGGGGUCCAGCUGUGCAGUUUUGGGGUUCAGCUGUGCAUUUUGGGGUCCAGCUGUGCAGUUUGGGGUCCAGGUGCGCAUUUUGGGGUCCAGCUGUGCAUUUUGGGGUGCAGCUGUGCAGUUUUGGGGUCCAGCUGUGCAGUUUUGGGGUCCAGCUGUGCAGUUUGGUGCUCUGGGGUCAGGUCCUGGCAGGUCCUUGAAGCUCAGCACGAUCUGGGGGGGGCGGAGGAGGCGCCCCAAAAGCAGCGCCCAGAGCAGGGCCUGCACCCACAGCUGGAACGGGGGGUCCCAGCCCCAGCCGGGCCCCCCGGGGCACAUCGCUGUCCCCGAGUGUCCCCCCCGGUGUCCCGCAACGCCAGCGCCGCGCCCUUACCGAGGCCACGCCCACUAA